AUGAAAGACUUGACUUUCGACGUUCGCUACGAUAAUGAAUUGGCCCAUGAGUACUAUGGGGACGGGUCCAAGCUGGCGAACAGUCUUCGAAAGAUCUACGAAGCCCAGCACCUGGAGAUCCCGGACGAAUUUGAGUCUACGCUGACCACCCCGCCCAUCCACUUCAUGUCGGUCUCUGCGCCGGACGAUGUAGAUAUGGAUGGUCUCCGGCAGGUUAAUGUGCCUCCGGGUCUAUCCAUCGAGAUCUUGGACUUCGAGAUCUACGCACGUAUCUCGCCUGCAGUCCAGGCUGCCUCUCUCCGUUUUCUUUUCAACUCCACCCAACGGCUUUCUCUUUCUCCUCCCCGGAGUAAGACCGACCCGCUGAAACCAGCCACUGUGACACUCAUCGAUAUCAUGUCUUCCACCCCAUCGUCAUCAUCCUCGCCAUCAUCCUCAACUCUAUAUGCACCGAACCCUCAAAGACGCAAAAUUCGAAAAGGGACCUUUUCCUGCUGGGAAUGUAAGCAUCGAAAGAGACGAUGCAUCUUCGAGCCCGCCAGCAACCCCAGCUGUGUGUAUUGCGACAGCCGAGGGUUGCAAUGCAUGAGCCAAGCCUUUGCCGAUCCGUCCAGCAACACCAACUAUGAGCAGGUGGAGGAUCGUAUUCAGCACAUUGAAGCGCUCGUGCAUCAUCUACUGCGUCAGCGGAAGAAUGCCCCUCCAACAAUCGCAUCGUCUCGACCCGCAGCUGCAAGGAUUUCCAGGGACAACCCCCCCCUGUUGAGCCAGCACGGGCUCGAUGCAGAAACCGCUUCCUUUGCGGUCAUCAACCCCAAGGGCGUUUGGCACACGCCCACUCGGUCACUGGGCAGCUUUCUCCUUUCAUACAUGCCUCCUCCCUCCACUACUGUCAUGAUCUUGACCAAGGGUAAAUUCUUCUAUUUCCCAUUCACACUUGUGCAAUCGCCCCAGGUAAGUCGCCCACAGGCGACCAUCGAAGCAGCGAAGCCCGAUGCGGCACUGGAACUGCCCUCAUCAACCACACCCCCGGUCGAUCUGGCCCGUAAGCUGGUGCAGCUUGCUCUAGGAUUGCAACAACUCAGUCUGACAUCCUCCCGCGAGGUUCAGCUCCAACUGAGAGAACCUCCGGGGGCCGCUGCACAGCGCUAUCUCACGGUCGCGAGUCGCCAUGUCACUUCCGACAACGAGCUCGUCUGCUCGCUGGAGGGGCUGGACACUCUCAUGCUCGAGGCUCGCUACCAUAUCAACGCAGGAACCAUGCGGUCUGCGUGGCUCAUCUUCCGCCGGGCCCUCAGCGUGGCGCAGAUGCUGGGCUACCCCCAGCGGCUCCCGCAAGCGAGCCAGAAAACGCAGGCGCUCUUCUUCCGACUGGUGUAUUGCGAUCGGUUCCUAUCACUCAUUCUCGGGCUACCUCUUUCGCUGUCGGACAAUGGUUUUGCAGCCGAGCAGUUCAUGGCAAAGCUUCCCCCGUUCGACAGACUCGAGCGCAUGCACGUCGUUCUGGCGGGCCGAAUCGCCGAUCGGAACAUGCGCAUGCUGCCUCGCUUCGGCUCGCUCGGACAAAGGGAAGAAGUUGGGUUUGAUGAUUUCCAAGAGACCGACGAUAUUGACUACGAGUUGAGGAAAGCGAUCCGAUAUUUGCCGCUCGCGUGGUGGGAUCCGCCGGUGCUGGAGAAUCAGGUGACUGAGGAGGAGAAAAUGGGGGCCAUCGCGCAGAUCAUCACCCAGAUGCACCACCAUUACCUUCUCAUCAUGCUCUAUCAGCCAUACUUUGUUCAACAUCUGGGACGCUCCAGAGAGGCGGACAGUGUGAUCUCCGUCCUCUCGGCCGGGGACCAUGGGUACAAGAAGCUCGCGAUUCUCUCCGCCAGCCGGGAAGUGCUGACUCGAUGUCUGGCCUUCCGCGAUGAGCACCCGAUGAUGUCCUAUCACGGGUUGGAUAACAAGGCCUUCGUGGCAGCAACAGCGCUCUUGAUCAUCCACAUCGACGGACAUAACCUGGGUCGCGCGAAUGCCCUGGAGCACCAACGGCCCUUGGAUCUGAGGACUGUCGACAACGUCAUCGAUAUACUGGAGCGGCUAUGUUUGCGAAAUCACUUGACCAGCCCGACGAUCGGCGUUGUGCGAAACCUGAGAAUGAUCGAGGGAGAAGCGGCAGACGGGGCGGAGUUUUACGUCCUGCAGGCCAACGAGGUCCCUGAAACUGCGGAGUGCCGCCUGAAACUGGAGAUACCGUACUUUGGAUCCUUCUGCAUCCUGCGUCGGCCGGCCAGGUUUAUUGGUGAAAGUCCGAUGAUGGCGGUGGCAGACCCGACUUCGACGUUCUUAGUCAACAACAUGGGUUUGGAUGGUGGGAUUUCCGACAAUGCUCUUUUCUCGACUGCCAGUCAGACACAGGAUCACCCGAACUACUCAGAGAUGGACUUCUUCAACGCUUGGAUCCGGGACAGCAAUGCCGUGCUACCGGGAUCUUACAGUGGACAGCAAUCUGACUCGCAACUCAAUUGAUUCUCAUUUGCCAAUACAGAU